AUGGUUAUUUUAGUAAUCUUUCUGCUGGAACUAUUUCCUUUCAUGGUAUGUCAGGCUCACAUAGCAAAAUGCAGGCUCCAAGGUCCUCAUCGUCCACUUCACAUCUAUCAUCAGCCAGGAGAUUUCAUCAUCGGUGGCAUUGUUUCCCAUGGUGGCUUCUUAUCCACUUCAGCAACAUUCAUGGAGGAACCUCCACCAGUCCUGCCUGAAGAACUUGUGGUGGUGCCGAAGGCUUACCAGCACAUCCUGGCAUUGACAUUUGCAGUCAAGGAGAUCAAUGGAUGCUCCCACAUUUUACCCAAUAUCACCUUGGGCUUCCAUAUCUAUGACAGCUAUAUUAAUGCAAGGAAGACGUAUCUUGCCACACUGAUACUUUUAUCCAAACUGGAGAAAUGUGUCCCCAACUAUGUAUGUGAUACUGAAAAUAAUCUAACAGGGGUUAUUGGGGGACUCGACUCUGAAAUCUCCUUUUAUGUGGCAACCAUUUUGGAUAUCUAUAAGAUUCCACAGCUCAUUUACGGCUCUGCUCCAGUGAUGAAUGAUAAAACCCCAGGGCUUUCCUUCUACCAGUUGACAGCCCAGGAAGACCUUCAAUAUAAGGGAAUUAUCUCUUUGCUUCUGCAUUUCAAGUGGACAUGGAUUGGGGUCACUGCAAUGGACAAUGGCAACGGGGAAAGAUUUGUGCAUACACUACUUCAAUUGUUUUCUCAAAAUGGCAUCUGUUUUGCCUUCAUAGAAAGAAUUCCCAAUUUUAGUUUCAUCUCUGAAAUUAACGACAUGCUGCAACAGGGGGCAAAAAUACGUGAUAAAAUAAUGAGCAGCAAGGCUAAUGUAGUGGUGAAUUAUGGAGAAUCUUACUCCAUGGCAUUUUUUAAAUGGCUUCCAUACCUAUCAGAACACGAUAUGACAAAUAAUGUAAAAAGUAAAGUUUGGAUAACAACAGCUGAGAUUGAAUUGACUUCAUUUGUCUAUCAAAGAAACUGGGAUUCGGGACUAUUCAAUGGUGCUAUAGCCUUUGAAAUUCACUUCAGUGACUCACCAGGAUUUCAUCAAUAUGUUGAGCACAGAAACCCUUCCAACACAGAUGGGGAUGGUUUUAUCAGGGACUUCUGGCAACAGGCUUUUGAUUGUGUGUUCCCAGAUACCACUGCAGACCAGGUGGAGGGGAACAUUUGCACAGGAGAAGAGAAGCUAGAGAACCUUCCAGGAUCAUUUUUUGAAAUGAGUAUGACAGGGCACAGUUACAGUAUCCACAGUGCUGUCUAUGCCAUUGCCCAUGCGUUACAUGCUAUGUCCACAUCCAGACCCAGACACAUAGGAAUGGCAUAUGGAGGGAGAGUGAAGAAUCAAAAUCAGAAUCAACUGUUUUGGCAGCUCCACCACAUUCUGAGAAGUAUCUCAUUUAAUAACAGUGCAGGAGAUGUGGUAUCCUUCAACAAGAAUGGGGAGGUAGCAUCUAGCUUGGAUAUUAUUAACUGGAUUAUAUUCUCCAAUCAAUCGUUUCAUAGAGUCAGAGUCGGAAGGAUGGAUCCUGGAGCGCCUUCAGAUCAAGCAUUCACCAUUGAUAAAGAAGUAAUAACUUGGCACAGCUGGUUUAACCAGGCCUCUCCUCUUUCGGCCUGCACUGAAAGUUGCCAACCAGGAUCUAGCAAGAAAGUGAAAGAAGGGAAGCCAUUUUGCUGUUAUGAUUGCAUCCUAUGUCCAGAGGGCAAGAUUUCAAACCAGGAAGAUAUGAAUGACUGUACUAAAUGCUCAGAUGAAAACUAUGCAAGCAAGGAACGAGAUAUAUGCAUUCCCAAAGGCAUCAGCUUCUUGUCGUAUGAAGAACCUUUAGGCAUCAGUUUAGCUAUAGUUGCUCUUUCUUUUGCUUUCAUCACAACUCUGUUACAUGGGCCUUCUAGCAAUAAUUAG